AUGGCUGAGCAAGAGCACGAGAUCCGCACUCGUGUGCGCGAGGCGUACAUGCACGCCGGUCUGUAUGCCUACGCCAUUGGCGAAUUUGCACUCAUCAAAGUCUUCAUCGACUAUAAGGUCUUUGACGCUAUCCCCGACAAGGGCGACAUCACUAUCUCUGGGGUUGCCCUUAAGCUCACUAUGGCUGAGGUCCUCGCCAGUCCUACCCCCGGCCGCGUCGCGCACAUGCACAAGUCUCUCAAAUAUAGGUCGGACACGCUCGAGGCCGGCCUUAUCUAUCAUGUCUUCAAUAUGCUUUUCCGUCCGCUAGCCAAGCUUCCCUCGUUCUUCAAAACACACGGCCUGGCGUCCCCCAAGGACUCCAAGAUCACACCUUUUGGCCAGGCCUUUAACCACCCAGAAUGGGACGUGUACCGCAUUCUCGACAGCAAGCCCGCGCUACACAACCAGUUCAACCAGGUCCUAAAGGGCCUCGGCACCAUGUACUCGCUAAAGGGCGUGUACGACUUCAGCUGGAUGGAGCCCCAGCUCACCGGAUCGCGCGCUGCCCUUGUCGACAUUGGUGGCAGCAGCGGUUUGGUCAUCAAGGACACUCUAGCCAACAACUCGUUCAUCGCACCAGCGAGCUUGAAGGACAUCCAGUUCGUCAGCGGCAGUAUCUUCGAGCCUCUCCCCGAGAACCUCAAGGGCGCGUGCCUCUAUCAGAUGCGACGCAUACUGAACGACUUCACCGACGAGGAUGUGCUCAAGGCCCUGAAGACGGUGAGAGCGGCUGCCGCUCCGGAUUCCAUCUUGGUAAUUGAGGAGAUGCUUAGCCCGGUCCGAAAUAUUCUCAAUGCCGGAAUGGACGUUUUCCUGAUGCUGGUGGGUGGAAAGAAGAGGGACUCAGCAAUGUUCAGCGACUUGGCUGUGCGCGCCGGCCUCCGUCUUAACGGCGAAUACAAGCAAACCUCUGCGGAGUUUGAUGACUUCAGUGUGCUUGCGUUUGUGGCGGUCUAA